UUUAAUAUUAUUUUGUCCUUUUUUUGCCACUACGUUUGAUUUUUAAAAUAAUUAAAAACUGAUUUUUGGCGCCGAUUGAUGUAAACGCCACGAAACAGUUAUCACUUGUCAGUUCCCGAAGACAUUAAAUCCCCGGCAGAAUGCAGAAUCCGGCGGCGUCGGCGGCGUCUUCCCGCCAUUACUUUCUUCACAACGACUGCUUUUCUCUCCUCACCUCCUCGAAAACCUUCGACGAAACAAGACAGCUCCAUGGUUUGUCCCUCAAGACAGGAACUUUCAUCAACCCUUCCGUCUCUUCACGCCUUCUCUCGCGCUAUACGGCGCCAGAGAUCAACAAUCUUCGCUACGCUCGCUCCGUCUUCGAACGGAUCCCUGACCCGUCUCUAGUCCUGUGGAACAUGAUCAUCAAAUGCUAUAUCGAAAACCAUCGCUCCCACGACGCAAUAUCUUUGUUCUGCCUUCUGGUCCGUGAGUUCCCGCCGGAUAAUUUCACCUUCCCUUGCGUGAUAAAAGGUUGCUCACGCUUGAACGCGGUUGAAGAAGGGAAGCAAAUUCAUGGGUUUGCGCUGAAACUGGGUUUCGCGCUGGAUAAGUUUGUGCAGAGCAGCUUGGUGAGCUUGUACUCGAAAUGUGGUUCGAUCGAAAGUGCUUGCAAGGUGUUUGAUAAUAUGGCAGAAAAGGACUUGGUUACUUGGAACUCUCUGAUCGAUGGUUAUGCUCGAAGUGGCCAAGUGGAAAUUGCAUUGAAGGUGUUCGAUGAGAUGCCUGAAAGAGACUCGUUUUCGUGGACUGCCUUGCUCGAUGGGUUCUCGAAAAGUGGAAAGAUUGAGGACGCUAGAGAGAUUUUCAGUAAGAUGCCGAACAAGAGUUUGGUUUCAUGGAACGCAAUGAUCAAUGGUUAUAUGAAAUCGGGUGAUCCCGAGUCCGCCCGUAGAUUGUUUAAUCGUAUGCCCUCGAGAGAUUUGGUCACAUGGAACUCCAUUAUUGCAGGAUACGAGAUAAAUGGCAGGUUCAAGGAAGCUUUUCGGAUGUUCUUCAGAAUGUUGGAACAUGACUUCAAGCCCAGUGACGCAACCUUAGUGAGUGUUAUCUCUGCAGUGUCUGAAUCUGCUAUUCUCAGUUGGGGAACAUGGAUUCAUUCUUACAUGAUCAAGAAUGGAAUCGAACCCGGUGGUGUGAUCGGAACAUUGCUGAUAGAAAUGUACUCCAAAUGUGGGAGCAUUGAGAAUGCAUUAUCAGUGUUUCAAGUGAUACGUAGAAAGAAAUUGGGUCACUGGAACUCGAUAAUCGCAGGGCUAGGUAUGCACGGGAUGGCCAACAAAGCACUAGAACUAUUCAACAAAAUGCGAGAGAGAGGUACAGAACCUAACGCCAUAACCUUCGUUGGUGUGUUGAAUGCUUGUAGUCAUACGGGAUAUGUCAAUGAAGCUCGUUCUUACUUCUAUUUGAUGCGAAACGAGUACGGGAUUGAGCACACAGUUGAACACUAUGGUUGCUUGGUAGAUGUGUUAUGCAGAACCGGGCAUUUGGAAGAGGCGAAAGACAUCGUUGAAAAUAUGCCCAUGAGACCAAACAAAGUGAUCUUGAUGAGCUUACUACGCAGUGCAAGGAUCUAUAAGAAGACAGAUAUCGGUGAAUAUGCAGCCCGUCUCUUGAUAGAGAUGGCUCCAGAGACCACUGGAUCUUACGUUCUGCUGUCUAAUAUGUAUGCUUCCGAGGGAAAGUGGGAGAAAGUCUCAGAGGUAAGAGAGAGGAUGAAGAAGAAAGGGAUCAAGAAGGAAGCAGGAUGGAGCUCGAUAGAGCACGAGGGCGUGAUUCACAGAUUUGUGGUAGGAGACAGAUCACACUUACAAACCGAGGAGAUUUACGUGAAGCUGAAUGAGAUGAGAGAGAGACUGAAAGCUGCAGGGCACAUCCCAGACACAACACAAGUGUUGUUGCAUGUUCAAGGAGAGGAGGAGAAAGAAGCCGAACUAGAGAUACACAGCGAGAGACUAGCUAUAGCUUACGGGCUAAUCAACACGAAAGCCAGGAAGCCGAUAAGGGUUGUGAAGAAUCUUACGGUAUGCAACGAUUGCCACAAUGUGACCAAGCUACUCUCUCGGAUAUACAAACGGGAGAUCAUCGUGAGAGACAAUACUCGGUUCCAUCACUUCAGAGAUGGAUCAUGUUCCUGCAAGGACUUCUGGUGAUGCCCGUCUUCCCGACUUUUGAUGAUUAGCCAGAUAUGGGGAAAACAAAGAUUUUUCAGUUCAGUUUUUCGCCAACCCUUAUCUUAGCAACUGGUGCUGAAACGAUAAGAUAUAUUCAGAUCUGACACCAAACAGCAUGAGGAAAGGAACUCCACAGCGAGUACUCAUAUAUAUAGCAAAGUACAAUAACAUAAAACACCGUCAACAACACUUCAUGGGGA